GAGAGCUUGGGUUGGCACCAUUCUUUGCCUCGGGAGCGGGGGAACAGUAUGUCGGCAGUGCUGAACCAACCAGUCGUGAUCGACAACGGCACCGGGAUCAUCAAGGCAGGCUUCGCGGGAGCAGACAAGCCGAAGGUGGUGUUUGCGAGCCAUGUGGGGAGACCGAAGCACAAGCGGGCGAUGAUCGGGGGUGCUCUGGACGGCGGCGACGUGUUUCUCGGCAAGAAGGUGGAGGAGCACCGCGGCGUGUUUCGUUUGACGCAUCCGAUGGAGCACGGGGUGGUAAAGAACUGGGCCGACAUGGAAAAAGUGUGGUCGCAUGUUUACGGUCGGGAUAACCUCAAUGUCGGGCCCGAGGAUCACGCGGUACUGCUCACGGAGGCCCCCCUAAACCCGUACAAGAACCGCCGACAGUGCGCGGAGACUUUCUUCGAAACCUUCGGCGUGCCCGCCAUGUUUUGCGCGCCUCAGGCGAUCUUGAGCCUGUACGCGUCUGGUCGAACGACGGGCGUGGUGUUGGAUUCGGGGGACGGGGUGACCCACUGCGUGCCGGUGUACGAGGGGUUCGCCGUCCGACACGCCAUCACCAGAAUCGAUGUGGCAGGAAGGGAUGUGACGGAGCGGCUACAGCUGCUUCUCCGGAGAGCUGGGCACAGCCUUCACACCUCCGCGGAAAUGGAGGUGGUGCGGCAGAUGAAGGAGGACCUGUGCUACGUAGCGUUCAACCCCUCGACGGAGGAACAAGUGAAGCAGCCCGACACCGUCUACAAGCUUCCUGACGGCCAAGCCAUUCGGGUGGGCCCCGAGCGGUACCGCGCUCCGGAGUGCCUUUUCCACCCGGAGCAGCUGGGCUCGGAGUCCAUGGGCGUGCACGAUUGCCUCCUCAAGGGCAUCAUGCGGACGGACAUGGACAUGCGCCGGACGCUGUUCGGGCAGGUGGUGCUGUCUGGCGGCAGCACCCUCUUCCCCGGCUUCGGCGACCGCCUCCUCAACGAGGUCCGGAAACAAGCGCCAAAGAACCUCAAGAUCCGCAUCACGGCACCACCGGAGCGCAAGUUCUCCACGUGGGUAGGAGGGUCCAUCCUCGCGUCCUUGGCCACCUUCAAGGACAUGUGGGUUACUCGCGCAGAGUUCAGAGAACACGGGCCUAACAUCAUGGACAGCAAGUCUCUGUAG